AUGGCAAGUCUAAUAAGUCAGAAUUUGUUUGCUCUUCUUGGUGAGGACGAAGAUGCCGAGAAAGCUGAAAAAACCAGUGAAACUGCAACAACCCCUCAAAAUGAAACUGUGUUAGUUCAAAAACAGAUUGACAGGUCUCGUGCAAGUAAAAAAGAAGCAAGAAUUAAACAUGAUUAUCCUCAACGAGGAGGUUUUAAAAAUAGUGCUCCUAGAGGAAAUGAUGAUAAUAGAUCGGGGCCUCGUGAUCUUAAUGUAGGACCUCGUCUUCUUCCUGGUCAUUACCCAUCAAGAAGUUCGCGUGGUGCCCGCCCUGGUGAAAGGGGCAGAGGUGGUCGUCGUGAUGGAGGAGGAAGAGGUGGUCGUGAAUAUGAUAGACAUAGUGCUUCUGGAAGAUAUGAUAGUGAAAAAAAAGAAAAUCAAGGCUGGGGGUCCAAUAAUGCUGAUUGGGAAGAUAAAAAAAAUAAAACAAAUAACAAUGUCCAAAUCGAUAAUAAUGUCAAUAACAAUGGAUUUUCUUCUAAUUGGGAAUCUGGUAAUAAUGGCAAUACUGCUGAUGAUAGUAACGCUUGGAAUAGUGGUAACGCUGAAUCUCAAGAACAAACAAAUAAUUGGGGAGCAAAUGAUGAAAGUGGUUCAGGUAAAGUAGAAGAUCAACCGUGGGAAAUUAAAGAAAGUACUGGUGAAGCUGAUGAUGCGAAAGGUGAAAAUAUCGGUGACGACGAGGCUGCUGCUAAACCUAUCGAACCUGAAGAAAUUGUUAAAACACUAGAAGAAUAUUUAUCUGAAAAAGCUCAAAAGACUCUUGACAUUUCACUUCCUGAAGCAAGAAAACCAAACGAAGGUGUUGAUGAUAGUCAAUGGAAAGAUGCUGUACCUCUUGAAAAGAAAGAAGAAGAGGAUAUUUUAUUCUCUGGAAAGGAACAAUCUUUUAAAACCAAGAGUAAGAAUAAAAAGUCAAAAAAUUAUUUGGAAAUUAAACCAACUUUUGAUAAACCUGGAGGCGGCGGUGGCGGCGAGAGAAGUUAUGAUGAUCAUAAUAAUCGUCGUCGUGGUGGAGAUGGCGGUGGCAGCCGUAAUAAAUACGUUAAUAUUGAUGAUCAAAGAGCAUUUCCAAGCCUUGGUAAUCCUGUGCAGUUGUAG